GGAAUCCGAAGCGGCAACCCGAACCGACUUGUUCAGCCUACGUAGUCGAAGAGAACAAACCACAACACAACCCAGUCUCUGAGUUUUCACAAAACUAAAACCCUUCCCGCGCUCAAUAAAACGAUUUUUGUCGAUAGGGUUUAGGGUCUAAAGGAUUUGAGCUUCCACUGGAGCGAACUGGAGUACCCAGAUACUGUUUAAGGGUUUACAAAGAUUGAAAAAAUCACGAUACAGAUUAGAUUUUGCAGCUAUGGAGGUCGAUAUGGAGACUUCUCCAAGCUAUUUCGAUCCCGAAGAUCUCAGCACCAGGGAGCGGUUUCGUCGAUACGGGAAAAGGGGCCCAACUUCUGGCAUAUCACCCCAUCAGGAAAAUUCAAGUGGAGCUAGGCUUUUGUACGAUGGGCAGAGCAUUGAGAGACGACCCAAUGCUGCGCUUUUCCUAGAGGAUAUUAAACAAGAGGCUGAGAGCUACGAUGGUGAUCAGUUCGAUUUAACAUCGACCAAGACACAGUCUGCUUCAAGACGAAGAGUAUCGAUUGACAGUCGUGGCAUAUCUGAGGCAGAUGUUGGUGCUGAUUCUGUCACUCGACCUGGAAGUUUUUCUAUGAAAUCGUGCAAGCUCGAGGAUGAUGCUCUGGCUGAUGGCGGAGAUACAACAUUUAGUUUAUUUGCGUCUCUGCUCGAUUCUGCUCUUCAAGGGUUGAUGCCUAUCUCUGAUCUCAUAUUACAGUUUGAGAGAUCUUGCCGCAAUGUCUCAGAAUCAAUGAGGUAUGCAUCAAACGAGAAACACAGAAUUGUGGAGGACAAGUUAAUGAAGCAGAAGGCUCAGCUCUUACUUGAUGAGGCUGCUUCCUGGUCUCUUUUGUGGUACCUAUAUGGCAAAGGAAAUGAAGAACUUCCAAAAGAUCUAAUGCUGAACCCUACAACAUCGCAUUUGGAGGCUUGCCAAUUUGUAGUUGCAGAUCAUACAGCACAGUUAUGCCUCCGAAUUGUCCAUUGGCUUGAAGGAUUAGCCUCCAAAUCCCUUUAUUUAGAUAACAAGGUGAGAGGUUCUCAUGUUGGCACUUAUCUCCCCAGCUCUGGAAUCUGGCGUCACACUCAACGGUCUCUGAAGAAAGGUGUCUCAAAACCAAAAACUGUUCAUCACUUGGAUUUUGAUGCUCCAACGCGUGAAUGUGCAGAACAAUUGCCUGAUGAUAAAAAACAAGAUGAAUCUCUUCUCGAAGAUGUCUGGACUCUAUUAAGGGCCGGAAGACUGGAAGAGGCGUGUGACCUUUGCCGAUCUGCUGGGCAGCCAUGGAGAGCUGCAACUCUAUGCCCAUUUGGGGGAUUGGACUUAUUUCCAUCAGUUGAGGCCCUGGUAAAAAAUGGAAAGAAUAGAACUCUGCAAGCUAUUGAGCUUGAAAGCGGCAUUGGUCGUCAAUGGCGUCUUUGGAAAUGGGCUACAUAUUGUGCAUCGGAGAGAAUUGCAGAGCAAGAUGGUGGGAAAUAUGAAACAGCAGUAUAUGCAGCUCAGUGUAGUAACUUAAAGCGCAUUCUUCCUAUUUGUAAAGACUGGGAGUCAGCAUGUUGGGCGAUGGCCAAGUCAUGGGUUGAUGUUCAGGUAGAUUUAGAAUUAGCCCGCCUGCAACCAGGUGGAAUGAAUCAAUUUAAAAGUUAUUAUGAAGACUCAUUUGAUGGAAGUCCUGGACAAGGAGAUUCUGAUUCUCCACCUGUAGUUGGGUCAGAAAGUUGGCCACUCCAAGUUGUGAACCAGCAACCUCGACAUCUUUCUUCCCUUCUUCAGAAACUCCAUUCAAGUGACUCAGUAUGUGAAGCUGUUACUCGUGAAUGCAAGGAGCAGCACCGGAAAAUUGAAAUGAAUCUUAUGAUGGGGGAUAUACCAAAUCUUUUAGACCUGAUAUGGUCAUGGAUAUCACCUUCAGAAGACGAGCAACGUCUCUUCAGACCUCAUGGUGAUGCUCAAAUGAUUCGUUUUGGUGCACACCUAGUUCUUGUACUUAGAUCCUUACUUGGGGAUCAAAUGAAGGAUGCUUUCAGAGAGAAGAUCAUGACUGUUGGGGACCUCAUUCUUAAUAUGUAUGCUAUGUUUCUAUUUUCAAAGCAGCAUGAGGAGUUGAUUGGGAUUUAUGCUUCUCAGCUUGCACGUCACCGUUGUAUUGAUUUAUUUGUGCACAUGAUGGAAUUAAGGCUGAGUAGCAGUGUGCAAGUCAAAUAUAAAGUCUUCCGUUCUGCUAUUGAGUACUUGCCAUUUUCUCCGGGAGAUGAUUCAAAAGGCAGUUUUGAAGAAAUUAUCGACAGGGUCCUGUCAAGAUCUCGAGAAAUUAAAACUGGAAAUUACGAUAAAUCAUCUGAUAUUGCUGAGCAGCACCGACUGCAGAGUCGGGAAAAGGCUAUGGUCGUUCAGUGGCUCUGCUUUACGCCUCCUUCCACUAUUAAUGAUGCUCAUGUUGUUAGUUCUAAACUUCUCUUCCGAGCAUUAUUACAUAGCAAUGUACUGUUCAGGGAGUUUGCUCUUAUUUCUAUGUGGAGGGUACCGGCAAUGCCAAUUGGUGCCCACGUAUUGCUUAGGUUACUUGCUGAACCGUUGAAACAGCCAACAGAAGCCCUUCUUUCUGACGAAGAUCAUGACGUGUCGGAGAACAUAAGAGAGUUUGAGGACUGGAAUGAGUAUUACUCUUGUGAUGCAACUUAUCGCAAAUGGCUGAAAGUUGAGUUAGAGAAUGCAGAGGUUUCUCCCCUUGAGCUCUCAGAUGAGGAAAAACAGAGAGCUAUUAUGGCUGCUAAUGAAAGCCUAAAUUCAUCGUUGUCUCUGCUUCUAAGAAAAGAAAAUCCAUGGUUGGUUCCCAAUGAAGAUAGUACUUAUGAAUCAGUAGAACUAUUCCUCGAAUUGCGUGCCACUGCAAUGCUAUGUCUGCCUUCUGGUGAAUGUAUGUGCCCGGAUGCUACCUUGUGUGCAACACUUAUGAGUGCUCUUUACUCUUCAGUAGACGAGCAAGUUGUAUCAACUCGCCAAUUGAUGGUGGCAGUCUCUAUUUCAGCAAGAGAUAAUUACUGUAUUGAGGUUGUGCUUCGCUGCUUGGCAACAGACGGUGAUGGACUUGGACCACAUGACCUAAAUGAUGGUGGUGUUCUUGCUACUGUGAUUGCAGCUGGGUUUAAAGGGGAGCUUGUUCGUUUUCAAGCUGGAGUAACAAUGGAGAUAUCGCGGUUAGAUGCUUGGUAUUCAGAUGCAGAUGGUUCCUUGGAAGGCCCAGCUACAUACAUAUUGCGCGGCCUUUGUCGCAGGUGUUGCAUUCCUGAAGUAAUUCUUAGAUGUAUGCAGGUUUCUGUUUCUCUCAUGGAGUUGGGCAGUCCAUCUGAAGACCAUGAUCAGCUGAUUGAACUCGUUGCUUGCCCUGAAACUGGGUUUCUCCAUUUGUUUAGUCAGCAGCAAUUGCAGGAGUUCUUAUUAUUCGAGAGAGAGUACUCAAUAUACAAGAUGGAGCUUCAAGAGGAACUAGCUUCUUGAUUUCCGAGUGUGUACAUAUAAGGUGCCCAAUGUAGUUGCACAAUGGCGGUUCAAGUUGCUGGGUGGUGGAAGAGAAGAUUUAUCAUCGUCAUGUACAAUAGUUGUUUAUGGACAGUCAUCUACAGCAUCAAACAGUGAUGGACUAACCACCCCUUCUGGUAGACUCUGCCUGCUGAUUCCUAAUUUUUGAUUAAAUUCAGCAUGUUUUUCCAAUUGUGUUAAGAGUUAGAGGUGGGUUGUAUUUGCUUUGACGAGGCCUUUUGUUUUGGUGGGAAUUGUGGGUUAAUUUGGUAUUCUCCUUUAACCCACGAGAGAUGCUCUUAAUUGGAUUUCAGUCUAACUUGUAUGAAGCUAUAGAAUCAUAAUAGCGACACUGCAGUCAUUCAAAUGUAAUAUCUAUGUUGUCGAAUGUCUAUGUUGUCGAAGAAGUUAAUGGUUGUCUAGUGCUGAUGCACUGUGACACAAACUUGAGUAGUGAGAAUCCAUCUCUUCACAAUA